AUCCAAGGGAGUCACUUACAGGGCGGCUUUUUGAUUCACCUCCUCUCCUCCUCUUAAGAUUGGAUCAGCACAGAGCUGUGGUGUGGCGUGUCCCUGAGAGCCAUCGCUAAUGGGCUUUGCUGAAUGCUCCUCUCCCCUCCUCCAACAACUCUAAUUAGCCUACCUGCCUCUCAGCCCGGCUUCUUCUGCUUUAUCCAGCCAUGUAGUCGGCUUGUCCAAAUUGGAAAGGAUUACCUUUGGAGAGCAGCCGCCUUCUUUUUUCCCCGGCUAAAUGGAAGAUAAGAAAACUCUGUUUGCCGACUUGUUGUCCUUUAAACAAUCCACUAGUGAUGAACAAACUUGACCCUCUGGUGUUAUCACGAGGGGUCCAGCGGAGGAUGAGAGAGGCCAGAUAAGUUCACGAAACCUCUCGUAGAUGGUUGAACAGCACGCUGGACUGUUCCCCGUAAUGAGAUCAGCUAUUGUGCCCCACUGCAGAGCAGAAACAAAACAAGUUCACAGAGAAUUUAAGAAUGCUGUCGGCUGUGAUCCUGUUGUUGUAGUAAAAGUUGGAUGACAAGUUACGUUACUUCCCAGUUCCUCCUGGUUCACAUGCUCGUGUGCUUCUUUCUAAGGGAUCAUGGUGAAUCCUGGAGGAAACAGCCAGCCGCCACCAGUGGGCACAGGCUCGCUGUCUUGGAAGAGGUGCGCCGGCUGCGGGGGCAAAAUCACAGACCGUUUCCUCCUUUACACCAUGGACAGCUAUUGGCACAGUCGGUGCCUCAAGUGCUCCUGCUGCCAGGCCCAGCUGGGGGAAAUCGGCACGUCGUGCUACACAAAAAGCGGCAUGAUCCUUUGUAGAAAUGACUAUAUAAGAUUAUUUGGAAACAGUGGAGCCUGCAGCGCCUGUGGUCAGUCUAUCCCAGCCAGUGAGCUGGUCAUGAGGGCCCAGGGAAACGUCUACCAUCUUAAGUGUUUCACGUGUUCCACCUGCCGGAACCGGCUGGUCCCUGGUGACCGCUUCCACUACAUCAACGGCAGCCUGUUUUGCGAACACGACAGACCCACAGCACUCAUCAAUGGCCAUUUGAGUUCCCUGCAGACGAACCCACUACUGCCCGAUCAGAAGGUGUGUUAGACGAACAGCGAACAGGAAGCAGGAUGUGUGCCUUCAUUUUAGCCCUUACUCAUCGUCACCUGAGACGGCGUGGAUCAGCAGCAGGCGAGCCUUUCAGCUGCCUGCCUCCUGAGGGAAUCUUCUGCCCAUCUUACCAGAAACCCAGCGUUUUCUUCCCGCAACACACACACCAACAACUCAGCCUUCAACAUCGGCUUUUCCUCCCAAACGCGGGCGGAUUCUUGCACUUAACGCACCGAGAAUCAGAAUCCCACGGACUCCAGGACCUUGAGAUAAAUAAAAGGAAUCAAAGAGACUCUUCAGAAGCAAGAAAAAGAAUUUUGGGACUCUAGUGAAGAGAAAACGACGAGGCUAAAGAGAUUAAGACUUUUUCAAAUCUCGAAUCAUUUUUGACUUUUCAGGAAAAACCAGGACUGUCCCCUCUUUAUCCCCUUAUUUCUAUUCUCCCGGCAACCUGGUGUUUCCACUUUAUAUAUUUUACUGUUGUCAAAGGAGAAUGUGUUUUUCUUUUUUCCUUUGGUGGUAUAUAUAAGAAGUUGGGGGUUUUAAAUGAGCAGAAAAUAUACAAGCCGUGGCUUUAUGUGGGAUACAAAUCAUGAACACUCUUGGUGUAUUUGUAAAACUACCAUGUAUGUACAGAAUGCAUGUAAACGUUGUUGUCCAGAUGUGGCUACAGUACAUCCAACCCUCCAGACCCCAAAAAAACCAUCCCCACCUGGCAGACUGAAGAAUCUAGCGUCUAGUCAUUAGGUCAUCACUGUCUUAUAUUGCUGAAUGAAAGAGAGAUUUAUUUGUGAUAUUUUCCGAGACAUUUGCUCCAGUAUGGUGUAUUUAAUUAAUAAAAAUAUUGA